AUGUUCCGGAAAAUCCGACUGUGUAGCCUGAGUUAUGAAAUGUGUACUGGAAUUUCAAAACUAACCAUCGCGACAGAAAGGUUCCCAGUGCUGAAGCGGUCGUACGCAGCCAUCAGCAAUGUUUUAGAAAGAACCAUCGUGAGAAAUAAUGGUAUACAGAGAAAGUUCCCAGGGCUAACUGGCCCUUUUGCCAAAAGGCAUCUUUCAUAUAAAGCACCAUCUUCAAGCAAGCUUGUAGCAUGUCAUGAAAAUAGCCAAGGGUUAAAUCUGAUGUUUUCAAAUGGCCAGGCUGCGCAACUUCAUUAUUUCUGGCUAAGGGAUCACUGUACCUGCCAAGAAUGUUAUCACCCUCAAACAUUUCAGAAGCUUGUUGAUACAUAUCAGAUUCCGUUGGACAUUAGACCAAAGUCAGUAACCAGCAGGGAGGAUUCAUUGACAGUUGAAUGGCCUGAUGGUCACAAAAGUACAUUCACUAGUAGUUGGCUCAACAAGAACAAAUAUGGUCAAUCAUAUCAUUGUUUUGAUGUCAAAGAAAUAGAAAAGCAUCUAUGGAAUAAAGAAAGAUUUAGAGGUAUUGAAGAUUCUUUGUUUGAUGAGGUCAUUAAAUCUGAUGAAAAGUUGUUGGAAUAUCUUGAAAAAAUUGUUAAGUAUGGGAUAGCAUUUAUUGAUGGCAUUGAAGAACCAUACAAAGAGAGCCUUGAAAAAAUUGCCAACCGAAUAGGACACAUCCAAUUAACCCAUUAUGGGGAUAUGUGGACAUUUGUUAGUGGUGGAUUUGAAUUUGCUGACACAGCUUACUUGUCCAUCAAACUGGAAGGUCAUAAUGAUGGAACAUACUUUUACGAAUCGCCAGGAUUACAAACUCUUCACUGUGAUUUUCAUACUGGAGAAGGUGGAGAAAAUGUGUUUGUUGACGGCUUUUAUGUCGCAGAAAAACUGAAAGAGACUGACCCUGAGGCUUAUACAUUUUUAGCCACAAAGAAGAUACCUUCAGUAUAUUAUGAGAAGGAUGCCUUCCUAUUUAAAGCCUAUGACACAGUGUUAAAGCUGGAUGACUUUGAUAACGAGAUUUAUCAAAUAAGAUUCAACCCAAACGACCGUGAUGUACUUAGCUGCCUCUCUUUUGAAGAAGUUGAGAAAUUCUACAAGGCUUCUCACAGCCUGACGAGGCUUAUACGUGACCCGAGCAAUGAAUUAGUCGUUAAGCCAAGGCCAGGAAGAGCCGCCAUUUUUGACAACUGGAGAGUUUUUCAUGCGAGGAAUUCGUACACCGGACAGAGAUCCAUGUCCGGCUUCUACAUGCAGCGUCACACUUUCCUAAGCAAGAUCCAUGCAUUAAGGGAAAAGCUCUUUAAAGCCAGCUAAACAAAGUUUUAGAAACUUUGCUAGAUUUUAAUAUAUAUUUUUCUAAAUUGAAAGCUGUAGUAUUUUAGUUAAACUAUGGGGAGUAGCUAAUUUUGAAUUAUCCGACGACUACCUGCUUGCAUAAAAGUAUGAGUUUAUCUUGAAGUCGCGUAUUUUGUAAUUGUCUUCUUAGGUAAUAGUUUGACAAUAUAGCAAAGUUUAUUGAGCCCACUGCGCUGAUUCAUUUAUAUAGAUGAUAUAUGGACUUUCUAGUGAAAAUAAUGCCUGCAGUAAACAUCGACUUUAUCUUUAUCUUCAUACGGCAGUUUCUUUUUUCGUUGAUUGUUUUUAUAUUCAAAUAAACAAAUUUUUACCGCAGAAUAACCAUCAAAUUUUAAUACUAUUAACAUGUCGUUAUAUAUUUAACAGAAUCCGUUCAAUAAUUAAGAGAGCAGCUAGUUUUGCCUUUUAAUCAAUUUUUAUGUGAGUACAGCCGGAGCACAACCAUCCUAAUUUUGUUUACUCGGUAAUGUUUGAUGUUUGCCAAUUUGUAGAAAAUUUACAUAAAUGUUAGCUAGGAUUUGUUAUUGUGUAAUUUUUAACUAAGUUUAUUGAAUUGUUGUCAUUUAGAUUAAUAAUAAUUGUGAAUUACAAGAUUUAGUAAUG